AUGUAUGGACAUUUCAAGAAGCUGGAUGAAGAGAUUAAAAGGGGAGCUGCAUCUUUGGAAGUAGAAGCCCAACUAUCUCAGAAAGAUCAAGAAGAGGCCGUCACGAGAAGCCGUCAACGAGCCUUGAUGAUGUCUGCCGCUGCCUUGCAAAUCCAAACUCUGGAAGAUGAGGAUUCGCAAUGGGGUGGUUCUUCAGAAGGUCGUACCUAUAAGGCCAGGGAUCGAGAGCUGAUGGAUCUUCGACUCAAAGCUCAAUACUUCACAGAUCCGUGCAGGUUUGAACCAAACAUAUUUCGCAGGCGAUAUAGAAUGCAACCUUGGGUCUUUGACAAGAUGAUGCGCGACGUGGCCAACUACGACCCAUAUUUUGUUCAAACAAGAGAUGCUUGUGGGAGACUCAGCUUAUCCACUGAACAAAAGCUGACAUGCGCCAUGAGAAUGCUCGCGGAUGGCAUCACAGCUGAUUUCUGUGAUGAUUACCUAGAUAUUACGAAGACCACUGCCAUUGAGAUUUUUGAGCACUUCACAAAAGCAAUCUGGAAUGUGUACUAUGAGACUUACCUCCGCCGACCAACACCGGCAUAUUUGCGACGGCUGCUUGACAAGGCUGCAGAACGGGGAUUCCUGGGGAUGAUCGGUAGCCUUGAUUGUAUGCAUUGGCAAUGGAAAAAUUGUCCCACCGGAUGGGCAGGGCAGUAUACUGGCUACAAGGGGAAACCCAUAAUCAUCUUAGAGGCGGUGGCCUCCUACGAUACUUGGAUUUGGCAUGCCUUCUUCGGACUUCCAGGUUCCCUAAAUGAUAUUAAUGUCCUUGGAUGUUCACCGUUGCUCAAUGACGUAUGCACCGGUAAAACCCCUGAAGUGAACUACCAGACACAAUAUUUCACAAGGAUGCAGGAAGCAUACAGAAAAGACGUGGAGAGAGCAUUUGGUAUUCUCCAAGCUCGUUGGGCAAUCAUAAGAGGACCUGCUCGUGGGUGGAGUAAGGAGAAUCUUCAAUACAUCAUGAUGACGUGCAUUAUCUUGCACAAUAUGAUUGCUGAAGAUGAGCAUGAUGAAGAUGCAGCGCAGCCAUUUGAUCCGGAUGAUAUCCCAACCAGACCAAGGAAAGCAGAGAUAUAUAAGAGACCAGUAAUGGACACCGAUGUUGAUCGCAAUCCGCAACAACUAAAUCAAUUCUUGCGUCGUUAUAGGGAGGUUAGAUGUCCAGUGAUGAAUAAAAACCUCCAAGACGAUCUAGUCGAUCACCUAUGGACCAUGAAGUUACAAGCUGAUCAGAACCACCAGUGA